CCAUCUUGGAAACUCCAACUAGGAUUCAUUAGCAAGCAAAGGAUAGCAAUUUCUGUAACGAUUUUGACUGUUUCAUAAAAUAAACGAUGGCUUCUUACUUUCAAGAACUAUGGCAGAGCAUUUUCACACCUGGUGUAACUCCAGUAUUAGCAAAGUCUGCUCAUAUCGCCUGUGCAGCACUGGCUGUCUUAUUUCUAGCCCUGUAUAUUAGUACGAAAAGCAUUCAUUGCAUAAUUCUUUUGGUAUUAACUCUGUGUCUUUGGUUGUCUUUAAUAUGGUUUCUCGUAGAACUUGCUCAUAGUCGCAUGCAAGGUUAUUUGACGUCUGAAAACCAAAAUCAAAAUCAAAACGAGAGAAGAACUAGUUCUUCGACGGAUCAGAGUCAGGAUCUUUCUCUGGACGAAGAGCCUUUGAGAGCUCGUACAGCUAGUAAGGGUUAGCGAUAUUUAUGUCCAUAUAUCUUCAGACUUAUAAAGAUAGAUAAAUAGAAAUAGCAUAAAUCUUAGAAUCCUAGGAUUCCUUUCGUAUUGAAUUCAACAAGAGAUUCGCUUAUUGUAUCCUUAAUUCAUAACUGAUUA